AGACCUCCUGUUUAGGUGUGACUUUCAGCCUCGUCCAACUGGUACUGUAAUGACGUAUCCAGCCUGAGGUCCAAUCGGUGGCCUGCGUUCUCCGCAACAUCUCAUCGUUGUCAGUCAACAAUCCACAGCCGCAGUUUCGAAGUCACCCCUCCUUGCGCGAUACAGGUUUCUCCGUUGUCGAAGAGCGCGUGCUUCAUGCAGAGCCUCACUCAUGCUCUCAGCUUUCACAGCUCAGCCGAUUGUUGAGCUUAAGCGAAGGGACAAGUCGAAGAUCGAAUCAAUCCUUUCGCAUAGCGAUCAAUUGCUGGUUGGCCUCAAUACUGGUUCUCUCCGGAUAUAUCGAGUCAAAGCCUCUUCCUCACGUCCUACGGACGGCGCAGAGCCCGAUGGCGCCAGUAACGACGCGUCCGCAACGACCACGAAGCCGUCUGAAUUACUUCGAGAGUACGAGAAGUUCUCCAAGUACAAGAUCGAACAGCUUGCAGUCUUCCGUGAAGCAAAUAUCCUGAUAUCGUUGAGCAAUGGACUUGUGUCAAUUCAUGAUCUGGGGACAUAUGAGCUUCAGGAGCAGUUGACAAAUACGAAAGGAGCGUCUGUCUUUGCAGCGACGAGCAACAUAGUGAAGGAUUCUACAGCCGGGGUCCCAACCUUGGUCAGCAGACUUGCCGUUGGUGUGAAGCGCAGGUUACUACUGUGGUCGUGGCACGAUGGUGAACUUAGUGGAGACGCCGUGGAGAUCGCUCUUUCACAUAGCAUCAAGUCUCUCACAUGGGCUACUGGGACGAAGGUCCUUGCUGGACUGAGCACACACUAUGUUCUCGUCGACACUGACUCCCAAGAUGUCAAGUCCAUCGUGGGACCCGGGAGCAUCGGCGGUGCUCCUGGACAAGAAACUAGUCGACUUGGAGGGACGAUGAGCUACAUUGGAAUGGGGUCGAUGGUGCCCACACCCUUGGCAACAGGACUCGGCGAAGACGAAAUGCUACUGGCACGGGACAUCAAUACGCAUUUUAUAGACCGCGACGGUGAACCAAUAGGACGACGUCAGGUGCCAUGGCGAAGUCCUCCCCAGGCCGUGGGUUACUCUUACCCCUUCCUUCUUGCUUUGCAGGAGCCAACUAAAGGUUCCCUGGAAGUUCGCAACCCCAAAACCUUGACUCUGCUGCAAUCUAUCGAUCUACCUGGUGCUGUGCUGCUCCAAGUACCAAAUCCAAAUAUCAGCCUGGCUCAUCAAGGCAAGGGAUUUCUCGUGGCCAGUGAACGUAUCAUUUGGAGGAUGCAAGGUCUGAACUAUGAUGCUCAAAUUGAUUCCCUGGUCGAAGGUGGCUCACUCGAUGAAGCAAUCAGCCUCCUGGAAAUGAUAGAAGAGACACUUAUCAAGGACAAAGCAGGCCGUCUUCGAGAGAUCAAGAUGCAGAAGGCUCAGAAAUUAUUCGACGAAAAGAGAUUUCGAGACGCAUUGGAUCUCUUUAGCGAGGUCUCUGCACCUCCAGAGCGUGUGAUAAGACUAUAUCCUGCCAUCAUCGCAGGCGGUCUGACUCCGGAGGAUCAUCAGGCCAGCGAAGAACCUGUGCAGCCUUCUGCAGAGACUGAUGCUCCUGCAAUGACGGAAGCGAAGCCGGAGUCCGCUGCUAGUCCCACGAAGAAGGUCAAAGCUGCACCCUCUGAUGUCGAUACAGCGAGUAUCAAAAGCGUGAAAACUGCCGAGAAUGCUACGGAACAGGGACUCUCUGACAAAGACCUGAAAAUGGCAGUGCGAGAACUCCAAGCAUUCCUUGCUGAUGUUCGACGGCGUCUACAAAGAUUCUUCAACCCAGAUCAGACCGUCCGAAGCCUUUCCGAAGUUCAAAAUGGAGCCCAAUCUGAAGAUAUCCGACAGAUAACUGAGUUCCUUUUGGGGUUGCCGACCCUGGAACAGGUUGACCUUGCUGAGAAGCUCUUAGAAGUGGCAAGGCUGGUCGACACAACCCUGUUCAGAGCUCACAUGUAUGCAACACCGUCCCUUGCCGGCUCGUUAUUCCGGAUAUCGAAUUUCUGCGAUCCAGAUGUUGUCAUGGCCAAGCUCGAAGAAACCGAGCGAUACAAUGAUCUGAUCGAAUUCCUUUAUGGGAAACGACUGCACCGGCAAGCACUGGAGAGGUUGCAAAAGUUUGGAAAAGCAGAACAUACAGAAGAUGUCGACCCUCAAUUACACGGACCUGCCCGAACAGUCUCCUAUCUACAGAACCUGGGACCUGAGUUGAUCGACAUGAUCCUAGAAUUCGCGCGAUGGCCAUUGGAGGCCGAUCCAAACAUGGCAAUGGAGAUCUUUCUGGCCGAUACUGAAAAUGCCGAGUCUCUUCCUAGGCACAAAGUCCUGGCAUUCCUCGAAAUUAUUGACAAGGAUUUGGCACUAAGGUACCUUGAGCAUGUCGUGGAUGAAUUGAACGACACGACCCCCGACCUGCAUCAGCGGCUUCUGACUCUCUAUCUGGAGCACUUGCAAGAGACGACAUCUCCAGCACACCAACAGGAGCAUCUUGAUAAAUUACUGACCUUGCUCAGAACAUCGGAGCAGUACUCGCCGGCAAAGACUCUUGGAUUGCUUCCACGAGACGACCCUGUGUUCUACGAACCACGAGCGAUUGUGUUCAGCAAAAUGGGCAACCACAAGCAAGCCUUAGAGAUCUAUGUGUUUAAGCUGCAGAACCCAGCUAGGGCAGAGGAGUAUUGCAACCAGACUCAUCUGGAGGAAGCCAUCAACGACACCAACAAGCCCACAUCUCGGCGGAGAUCAACCUCAACCACCGACCCAGUCGACGAACAACCGUCCAUCUACCAGAUUCUUUUGAAUCUCUACUUGAACCCACCCAAGGGGGAAAAGGCAUUGUGGGGACCAGCCAUUGAAUUGAUGGCUCGUCACGGGCCCCGACUGCCCGCAACUUCCACGUUGGAGUUAAUCCCUGAGGAUUUACUGAUCAAAGAGCUCGAAUUUUAUUUCCGUGGCAGAAUCCGUAAUGCCAACAGCAUCAUGAAUGACUCGAUGGUAACAUCUGGAUUGAGGAAGGUCGACGCAGUCCGUAUACAGGCUGCUCUUCUGCUUGGUGACGGCGCCAAAACCGGAGGUAGAGGCAGGAAAGUCCGAAUCGAUGAAGAUCGCGUCUGUGGUGUCUGCUACAAACGACUCGGCGGCAGUGUUAUAAGUGUCUUUCCUGAGUAAGUGUUUCGUGUUGCAGAACCCUUCCGUUGAGUACCUGUGCUGACAUUGUUAUAGCAAUUCCGUUGUCCAUCUGGGAUGUGCCGCACGCAAGCAGACUGAUAUGGAUGCUCGG